AUGCUGAUUAAAACUGCGAAGAACCUUUCGCCACUGGAGGCGGAGAGACUCCGCGAUCCGCCGGACCUUCCGCGGUGCUUCGCCUUCCCUCCCUCUGUGCCGCCAGCGGCUGCUGGGCCUUCAGGUUCUUCGCCCACGCGGCGCUCCGGAGCAGGCGGCAGUCCCCAGGCUCACUCUCACCCUGCGAGUUUUUCUCUGUCUCCGUCGCUCGCUGGGUCGUCGUCGGCGUCUGUGUUUGUUGACCUCUCGGGCUCUCCACACUCUCGGCACGCGCCGAGCGCGGGGCAUUCUCAUCCAGUGCGCUUCGCGUCGUCUCCCGUCAUUCCUUACUCGCCAUUCGUCAUCGAGAAGGUGUACCUGGAUGUCGAAGUGCUCGCCGACGGCGCGGCGGCUGAGCAGGCGGCCGAGAUACCCCGAAGCCGACGUGGAAGACGCCAAAUCCGGGAGGAAGCGCCCGCGCUAGGCGACGCCAGAAACGGCCCAGGGGGCGAGGCGGAGCUGGGCGAGGGCGCGGGCUCGGAGACAGGCCAGGCGAUCGGACUCCAUAAUAGGGACGAGGAUGAGCCUCCCGCUGCGAUAACAGAAGAUGGAGGCGCGCCAAGCCUCCGGGAAGGAGAUGAGGCCACCGGAGCCUCGCACGGGCUGCCGCCUUCUUCGUCCCCAUCAGAGUCGCCCUCUCCGCCGGCCUCGCCUCCCUCUGGCGAAUCGUCUGCGGGCGGCGCCGCGGGAGCAUGCGCGAGAAGACGCACUCGCCAGAAGGCAGCGGGGGGCGACAAGGCGAAGGCGGACAUCGGCGAAAUCUCCAGCGCGCUACUGAACUUCCAUCCGCAAGUUCGCCAGCAUUAUCCGCUGCUGGCGAACGCAGAUGCGCGGAUCUACCAGUUCGUUCAGCGGCGCGCGAUCAGGAAGACCGACGGCUGUUUGCUGGCCUCGAGCGUGACGAUAGGCGAGGGCGAGGGAGGCGCCGGGCUCCACACCUUCUUGUACGAGAAGCACGAAGAGUUUCCGCCGUCGAUUUCGAGAAGGAGACGCGAGACGUUGACGCGAUGCAUCCCCAACGCAAUUUCGCUGCCCAACCUCUCGCGCGCAGCCUCUGUCCUCGCAGCCCUGGAUACCGCCCACAGCUGGAGGGCCCCAGGCACUCACUCUCGAGACAAUGGCACGGGUGGGCGGGAGAGCGGCAAGGCCGAGUUGGAGGCGGAGCCCAGUCUGCUUGGGAGUCCAGCGGCUGCCGCGCGAAGGCGUGACAUGGAGGGGGCGACCCGAGAGCCGGACGCGCCUCGUUUCAGAGAAGCUGCGAGCGGACGACAGUGCCAGGUCGCGGGCGAGGCUGGGCAACCUCCCGUCAGCCUGGAUGAACGCGCCAGUGCGUAUCAGAGUUCAGGGCCGCUAGAGAUGCUUGCGGCCGCCGAGUUGCGCCUCGUGGACGCCGAGAGAGGAGGGGCAGGCCGGCGAGAGGAGAUCGGAGCCUCGGCUCGCGGGAUAAGAGUGGAAUGGGGCAAGUCCUAUGCGUCCUCGAUUGGGUCGGCUUCAUCGGUCUCGCCGUCCGCACGCGCCCAUCCGUCGGCUGCGUCGUCGCCUUCCUCGUUCUUCCCCGCAGUUCUCCCGGCGCGCACGGAAAAGCAGCUUUUGCCGCCGCUGCGUCUGGGCGUCGUCGUGGGCGGCGCGGCGCCAUCGUCUGGGGUCCACAACGUGAUUGUCGGGCUCUUCCAUUUCCUGCGCGACUUCACGCAGGCAGUCUGCCCCGAGUGCGCCCUCCGCCGAUGUGGCGGCGGCGGCCGCCCAGAGGACAGAGGCGAGGGCGAGCGGGCUCGCGAAGACGAUGGGCGCCCUCGCUGGGGCGGGCAGCAGGGCCCCGAGGAUGCGCCGCCCAGGCGCUCGACGAUGCGACCCUCGCCUUCUGUGCCCUCGGAGCUUGCGCGCCGCGGAUGGAGACGCGAAGGCGAGCGGCUCGCCACGGAGCGCCGCGAGCAGAGCCGCGGCAGCCCUGCUCACGGCGAUGUCCCCUCGGGUUCCGCCGAGGAAGCGAAGCUGCCGCGAGACCAACACGCCAGACGUGGGCGCGUGGAUCUCCCAAGGGUCCACGCAGGCAGCAAAGUGCGCGACGAGGCGGGGAGCAGAGCGAGUGAAUCAGGCGGCGGCAAGGGCUGCUGCCGCUGCAGCAAGCUGAUUGGCUUCCUAGACGGCGCCCUGGGCCUCGCGAAGGACGAGAGCGUCGAGCUCACCGAGGAGGUCGUCGGCGCCUGUCUGAACAUGGGCGGCUGCGAACUCCUCGGCUACCGCGCCUUCAAGACACUCACUGACUUCUCGAUCAGUCGCAUUCAGCAAGUCUGCGAAAAACACCAGCUCCACGGCCUCGUGAUCGUCGGCGGCGCCGAGGAUCUGCAGGCAGCCACGCAGCUCGCGCAUCGCUUCCUUCAAGAAGGCCUCCGCACGCGGAUCGUCGCAGUGCCGCACAGCGCCCGCGGCGACCUCCACUGCAGAGAAUUCCUUCCCAUCACUCUGGGCUUCGACAGCGCGCGGCGCAUGCUUUCCGAGUUCUGCGGCAACAUCGCGCUGGACAGCUCCAGCAGCAAGAAAUAUUACCACUUUGUGCGGUGCUCGUCUAGCAACCUCACGCUCGAGUGCGCGCUGCAAACGAGGCCGACGAUGUGCCUCACAGGACUUGAGUGCGACGUGGAAGGCUGGACUCUGGAGCGGAUCAUCGAGGCCGUCUGCGACGUGAUUGUGAAGCGGCGACAGCUGCUUGGCAAGCGAUCUGGCACAAUUCUUCUCUCUGAAGAACUCGUGGAGAAUCUUCCCGAGAUGGCUGACUUGCGCGACGCGAUCCAGGGGCUCCUGCAGCCGGGCGGCCUCGCGGCGGCCUCGCCGUAUUCGUCGUCUCCGGGGGGGUCGGCCGCCACGCGCCUGGGCUCGUCUUCGGGCGCGGGCAUGGCGGGACCUGCGUGCGCCCUCCAGCCCUCGACGGAGGAGUCGAUCUCCGCCCUGCUGCCCCCACCCCUGGCGCGCGCGUUCCGCCUUCUGCCGGCGCAUGCGCGGCGGUCGCUGCUGCUGCAACAUGACUGCAAAGGCCGCCCUCUGCUGCCCACCAUUGAGGCCGAGGCGCUGAUUGCGCAACGCGUCGAGAAGGAGCUGAGACGAAGGAAGGCCGCGGGAGAUUCGCGCUGCGUUGAAACCUUUACGUAUCGCCUGCACUACCUAGGGCAGGAAGGCCGGUGUCCGCUGCCCACGCGCUUCGACUGCAGUCUGGGGUACGCGCUGGGGACAAUCGCCGGCGCCUCCGUGGCGUUCGGCUUGACUGGCUACAUGGCCUGCGUGCGGAAUGUUCACCGGCCUCUCGACUGCUGGGAUGCCUGCGCCCUGCCGCUGGUCUGUCUGCUGCGACCCUCGCCCCGCGUGCCUUCAGACGUGGCCGCAACCGUGGGCCCUUCGCUCUUCCAUCCGCCGCCGCGCGGCGAGCCGGCAAGGCGCGAGGGCGAAGGCGACGGUGGCGGCGAGGCGCGCGAGGCCGGGAGUGGAGGCGAGGGCGAAGGCCCUCGCCUCCACCCCGUAGCGCAGACGCGUCACUUGUCCGGGAGCCUCCACGAGCGCCCCCUGGAGCACCGAGACUCCCAGGGCACCUUUUUCCAUCCGAGUCAUCACCAGCCGCUCGCAGUACCCACGAUUCCCCCGUACCGGCUCGAGGCCCACAGCAACUUGUUCCGCUGCUACCGGCGCGUCAAGAACUCUUGGAAGGUCUACUGCCUGUAUCGAAGUCCGGGCCCCGUGAGUUUCGCGCCGACGCCGCGGCUCACGCUCACCCUCUGUCCAGCGUGCCACAGGUACGCAAGUUUCUGCGUUUGCGCCGACGAGGCCCCGACGUCCUCCGCUUCGUCACUGGCAGGGGCUGUGCCGUUCUCCUCAUCGUAUUCCUCGUACGCGAUGCUCGCCGCGCCCCGAGAGGCCCGCAGCCAGGCGCCGCCGGCGCCUGGUACGGUGGGCGCGCCGUCGGAAGCGUCGCGCGCAUCGCUCUCUCCCGCAGAGAGCGAAGGAGACGUCGCUCGAGAGCCUCAGUCCCCGCGGGACGUGGUCGAGGGCGGCCAGGGCCUGGAGGACGAGGAGGCGCGGCGCCGAGAAAGGCAGAUGCUCAUGAGGACGGAGGUGGACGAUGGAAGCAUCCCGCUCAUGCUGGUCGCGCAGUUCUGCUCGCCGAUCGAGACGCUUCUGCAUGUGCAGCCGCUGAAGCUCCGGAACUCAAAGUUUACCGCGCUCUUUGCGCAGCCGGACGCGGAGGAAGACAAACACGUCGGGGGUAAAGAAGGGGAAGGAGGCGACGAGGUUCACCCAGGAACCUCCGCGGAGCGGAAGGGCGAAGAAGGAGGCGACGCAUCCACAGAAACCAUGCGGAAAAAAUCUUCGUCGGAGGAAGGCGAAACCAGGAGCGAGGAUACGGCGUUCGCCGAUGAGGACGAGAUCUAUGCGUGGACAGACAGCGAAGAAGAGGAGGAAGAAGAAAGAGAGUUUCCUCUCGAGCCGCCUCAUUUGUUCCUAAACUGCCGAAGGCGCUGCCAACUUUCCUACUUUCAGCUGUGUCGGCUCGACUAUAAGCCGAAGCUCCCGGCUGUGUUUUUCCAGCCGUUCACGCUCGCGGGCAUGGACAUCACCGCAGUGAUCUCCUCGAACCCAGCGCUGGUGCAGCGGAUUUUCCCGCUGACGCACAACCUGCGCGCCAUUGACAUCGUGCCGCUUCAGCAGCUAACGGAUGCCGACCCCUGGACUGCUGCGCCGCUUCCGCCAUCGAGUUUUCUCUUCCGCUUCUGGCGAAGUCCGCGCGCCGCGGCGCCCGACAGCUCGCCCUCGCCCGAGUCCGCGCCGGAGCCCUGCCUGCCCCGGCGCGGCGGCGUCGGCGCGCGCGACCGGCGGUCGCGCGCGAGCUGCAGGGGCACGUUCUCAAGCUCUCAGCAGAGUCUCUCAGGAGACGAGCCCGGCGCGGCGGCAGGCAGACCCGGCGGUGAUCCGCCGGCCUGCGCGGCUGCGUGCGCGUCCGGAGGCGACGCCAAGAACGGGCGCAGUGGGGGCCUCCGGAAGGGCGAGCGGGUCAGCAGACCCCGGAGUGGACCCGGCAACCCCUCGAGCGAUGAUGGAGGCGACGAGAAGGCCUCGAGCCCGCACACGGAAGCGUCUCAGGCCGCGUCGAGCGGCGUAGGUGCGGGCCUUACCGCCAGUGCGGGGGGAGGUGAAGAAGGCGCGGGGGGACCCUGUGAGCACAAGCCGCAGUCACUGCCCCCGUCGCGCCCUCCUGGAUUCGCCGCAGAGGCUCUCAGGUCCUCAGCAACAAGCCCCUCGCGGCGCGUGCAUGGAGGUCUCGAGGCGGCGCGCGAGGAGAUGCGACGAGGCGAUGAGAAGCAACUAGCUGCGCCUCCGCAGUUCGUCGGAGUCCACGGGGGCGGCUUGGCGCUGCGCGCUGACGCUGACCUCGAAGGCGCUCUACAGUUUGACGCGCACGACGCCUCGAGUCCGUCGUCCUUGUUCGCCGCAAACCCGAUGGAUUGCUCAGCAGGUUCGCCUUCGUUCUUGCCGGUGCCCCUGCGGCAAGAGGAGGAGCGGCCGCACCGCGUGUCGCCCUAUCCGGCGUCCUUCCCGCCACCGAGCUUCGUCUCGCCGCUGUCGCCGUCUCGCCCGGUGCCUCCCGCGGCAGAGCCGGCCGCGGAGGCGGCGGCGAGCCCGCGCCGACGCGCGGCGAGGACUCGCGGCGGAGACGAGUCCCUGGAGGCGCGCCCGCCGCAGCCGCCCGGCGCAGGCGGGGCGAGGAACUCCUCUCAGACGUCUCCGAAUAUUUUCCUCUCUUGGCCGGCGGGCGGUGCGACGGAGUCGACGCGACAGCCUGGAGCUGCGGGGCCCGCCGGUGCCCUGGAAGACUGGCAGAGCGUGGCGAGCUCCCCCGACGCGCCUCCAGCGCCGACGAUGGCGCGGAUCAUCUCCCCGUCUGUCGUCGGGUUUCCAGCGAGUGAAGGCCUGCAGAUCCAGCCAAAGGGCCCCUUCGACGCCCGACGCAGGGGGCUCCCGUGUGGACUCGGGCGCGCGGAGACUCUCGCGCAGCCGGGCGAGGCGGCGCCGCCGAGAGACUGCGAGGGCGAAAGACGUGCCGGCCGCGGAGAUCCGGGCGGCGGCGAGAAGGAAGGUCAGGAUACUGGCAGCGCGUGCACGCUCAGAGGAUGCGGCGUCGAAAAUGCGAGAGGUGACCGGCAGCGGCUCCAUCCGCCGGGCCUCUUGAGAGGCUCCUCGGCGCCCCAGAGAGACUUCCCUAGGGUUGGUGAGGAGGAUGCCCUCCGCCCGUCGCAUUUGAUUUCGUCGCACUCAUCGGGUCACCCGCCGCCGCAGUCCGGCGCGCCCGAGGGGCGCAGCGCCGCCCAGGCGCUGGGGGUAGGCCGCGCCGGCGCCCGUGUCUCCGCGGCGGAGACAGGUCUCGGCGGCGCGUCCUCCUUCUUGAGCGGCAGCGCCUUAGGUCGCGUCUCAGCCGCUGGCGAGGUUCCUUUUCCGCGCAGUGUGGGUGCCGAGGCGAGCGCGCGCGCGCGGUCGGACCCCACACUGCCGAAGGGGUACACGUUCCUGAGUCCAGCUCGCGUCGACGCGCCGCUUGCGCGCGUGCGCAGAAGGACGAUUGGAGUCGUCGAAGAAGACAGAUCCGCGCUAGGGUCCGUCGACAGGGAGGCAGAGGCGCCUUCUUUCUCCGGAGCUCCGGGCGCGGCGCGGUCGUCGGCGCUGCGCGCGCUGCUGGGCGAGGGCGCGAUGGGCGCGACAACUGCGGCCGCCGGUCUGCGGAGUAGCGGCGCGCCGGGAGGGCCUAUGCGCCGAAACACGCAAAUCGAGAUCCGCAGCUCAGCCUCGCCCGUCGUGAUGCUGCGAUACGAGCCAGGCGGCGCCGAGGGCAGCCGCAGCCUUCAGCGGGGCGCCGGAAGCACUGGCCGCCGCUGGUCCUCUGUCGACGACGAAGACGACUCGCGCCCGACGUCGGAGUCGCGAGGCCGAAGUCUGUCGCCGUCGCAUCACUUCCGCCUCACUUCGGACCAGACGUCUCGCCCAGCUGGUGGGCGGAAGCUCUCGGACGACAGCGGACGAGGGCCUUCUCCGCACUCUGCGUCCGGAUCAGGGGCGCGGCAGUCGCUGUAUUCCUCUGCCUUCGCCUCUGCGCGUGCGACUGCGGCAUCAUCCGCGCCUGGAGCGGAGAGCCCGCGCCUGCGCGGCUGCGAGGCUUCGGAGGGCGACCGGGAGCGCAGCAUCCAGGCACGCGGCGGCGAAGGAGAGACAGGAAGAAGAAGACGUGAAGCCGGCAUGACGGCCGCGUUCUCGGCAGCCGCGACUGGAAGCGGCCGCGACGCGGAGAAGCGCGCCGCCGCCUCAGCGGCCGGCGCGGUUCGCGGAGCCAACGAGCUGAAACUUUGUUUGAGCCGAAAGUCCUCUCGAAUCAACCUCGUGGAAAGCCAGGAACCUCUCAGGGUCGCCGUGUGCUUUUUCGGUCGGCAAGCGCCGGGCGGCCUGAACGCGGUCAUGGGCGUGUUGGAGUAUCUCGAAAACCUGACUCCGAAGGGCGAGUGCAUCGGCAUCCUUGGAGGCAUCUUGGGGCUCGUCAACGGCUGGUACACCCUCGUCGAUAAAGAGUCGUUUGCCCUCUUUCGAAACCAAGGCGGCCUCGACCUCCUCUGCAGAACAACGGAGCACUUCAGCAACGAGUUUGAGCUGGAGCAAUGCAUCAAAACGAUAAAGUCGCUGCGCCUGGAUGGGCUCGUGGUGCUGGGUGGCACCAGCGCCGUGAGCGACGCGGCGAUCCUGACUGAGUACCUACUCGACUCUGACUGCCAAACCUGCGUUGUAGGAAUUCCCAUGACCGUCGACAACGGGAUGCCCUUCAUUGAAGCGUGUCUAGGCCACGACACCGUCUGUCGCGUGUUCAACAGCAUCAUCGGAAGUCUGAUGAGCGAAAGCCGCAGCUCCAAAUGCUGGUACUUCAUUCGCGUCUCGGGCAAAUGCCUCUCGCACCUGACAGCAGAGUGCGCGCUCGACACGCACCCCAAUCUCGUCCUCAUCAACGAGGAAAUUGAGCAAAAGCGAAUGGGCGCCAUGGCGCUGACAAAUCUCAUCAGCGACAUCGUGGAGACCCGCGCGGGCCUCGGGCUCCACUACGGCACCGUGCUGCUUCCCGAUUCUCUCCUCGCGCAUCUCCCAGAGAUGCACAUGCUCAUCAAUGAGGUUGACGCCUGCUUCGAGAGUGGAUUCUACGCGCAGACGGAGGAGGGCCUCGAGCUGCUGCGGUCGCGGCUCACGCCGUGGAGCGCGGCGCUCUUCAGCAGCCUGCCGAAGGGCAUCCAGUGGCAGCUGGCCUUCAACAAAGACCAGACUUACCGCGUGGAUCUUACGGCGAUCGACACGGAAGUGCUGCUGAAGCGCCUCGUCGAGCGCGAGCUGGCGCGGCGAAAGAGUAUCGGAGCCUUCCGCAAAGGCCAGUUCCUCUGCAAAACGCACUUCCUCGCCUACCAAGGUCGCUCGGCGGCCCCCACAAACUUCGAUGCCGACCUCGGGUUCUCCUACGGCUACACGGCGGCGGUGCUGGUCGACGGGGGCUGCACCGGGUACAUGGCGCAGAUCAGUAACCUCGUCCGCGUGCCCGCGGAGUGGACUGUCAGCGCCGUGCCCUUCACCUGCCUCGUCGACGUCCAGCCGGUGAAGCCCGCCAGCGUCUUUCCGCUGGUGCAAAAACCGCGCGCCCGCCACACGCAUCGCCACCACGCGGCGACCGCGCAUCGCCAGCACAACGUGGCAUCUGGGCAUCGCCACGAUGUGGCGACUGGAUCAGCCGUGCGAGGACAUGAGCUCGGCGCGCCUGAUGCGGGAGCGCACGCCGCGCCGGCCUCAUCUUCGGGCGGCUCCCCUAGCGCCGUCAACUUGAUGUUUCGCGUGGAAGUCCCUCUGCAGAAGCUCUCUCUCCAGGGCGGCAUGUUUCGCACGCUGGCGCUCCUCCGCGCCGACUGGGCUCUCGGCGACUGCUUCUCGAACCCGGGUCCCGUACAGUACGAGGGCGCGGCGAGCCUCGUCAGACUCAACUCCCUCCGCAUGCCCUCGACGGAUCCCACUGUAAAACUCAAGAAAAUCUCGCAACUCUGCGGCCAGGUGAAGAGUCUCUGCAGCGUGAUGGCGACGCCGCCGGUGUUGAAGACGGCCGAGUCUGCACUUCACAGUCUAGUCGAGAUGCUCUCCACUCUGUCGCGGAGUGAGCGGAAUCAGCAGCUGCAGUUCUACGACAUCUCUCACGUGCUUGCGCAGCGCUUCACCACCAAGCUUGCGACGUCGCACCUCGUCUUGUCCCUCGUCCGCGUCGUUUCCUGCGGUCGCUCGCGCCCAGCUCUUUCGCCUGCGCGGUCUGGCCGCUGUCGCGUUCGUAUCUGCAGGCUUGGCUUUCGGCGGCGGAGUGGCUGCCGCUCUCCAACGCGACGUCCUCGGGGCUUUCUUCGCUGCCAACCUCGGCGGCGCCUGCGGACCUUCACUGGGACUGGAGCUCAUCGGGACCUUGGCCCUUUACGCCGAACGCGUUUUUUCGCCUCCCCGGGCGAGGCGGCUUCUUCUGCCUUCUUCGCAGGGCCCCCCGCCGCCGCGGCCACCGCUGCGUCUCAGCCGCAGAGCUUCCUCUCGUCCUACGAGUGCGGAUUCCUCCCGCCCGCCCUCGCGGGCGCGGACUUCGGCGCCGCGGCGCUGUGGGGCGCGCAGGAGAGGGGCGAGCGCUGGCAGCCGCUCCCCCGCCACCCGCCUGCCGGCCGCCACGACCCCCGAGGGAGCGCCUUCGACGCACGUCUCUUCACCGGCGAGCGCCCGGGAGCCCUCAGCGCGGUCUUCUCCUCCUCGGCGCGGGCGUCCCGCGCGCGGCUCGAGGGCGGAGGGAGAGGCCGCGACGCCGACGAGGCGGCGGAGGCUGCCGAGAGGCGCGAACACGACGAGGCGGAAGCGCGAAGCUCCGACGACGGCGACGCGGACGCGCGGGCUUCUCGAAGCGCGCACAGCGAAGGCGCGCGGCGCGCGAGCUUGCGGCAGGGACUGGAGCGCAUGGAGACGCUUCUCAGUGGCGAAGGCGCAAGCGCGAAGCGACUUCCCAGCCUCUCGCUGGUCUGCUUAGACAUAGAAUCGAGCGACUACGCCGCGCAGCACUUUCAGGAAGGCCGCUGA